CCGGUGGCGGCUUUACCCGCCGGUCCUGCGCUCUGCCCGGUGCCCCGGCUCUGGCGACGGGUUUCCCGAGGGAAGCUGAGGUAUCGCUGUCAGGACUGAAGUCGUCGCGACCGUUGGGGGAGCCCUCAAGUGUUGGGCGCUGGCAGCAGGCGGGCGCGAGCAGCCGCUGGCGCCUUCGUGCCUCAGCCGUGGCGGGCCGCCAGUGACUCGGGCGAGGAGGCGAAGGUCGAGGCAGCCGACUUGCGAAGAGACUUCCUGAAACGUGGUUGCUUCACGUGGACAAACGCCACAAAAUACAGAAAUACGUUGUCAGCUUAAAAAGAAAAAAAAACACUUGUAGAAGUGCUUGUAUUCUGAAUAGUGACAAAGUUGCAGUUUGCAGUUUCUCAGCACCAGGCACUGCAGGUGUGUGCAGUAUUGCUUCUGAAGUGUCUACAUUGGGGAGGAGAAAUUGGGUUCCCAACCAAACACAACUGCUCUCAUGCAAACUUCAGUAGUGCAUCUGUAACGGAAAGAUGGAUCUGGGCUCACAUUCCACUCUAAACGAAUACCUGCAACAGACAGGAAUUCCAUCUGGAUCACAAGAUAAAGUUUCAGUUCCUGAUUCUGGACCAGAAGUGGCUGAACCUCAGGUGGCUGUGGCUCCUGUAGUAACAUCAAAGUUGUCUGUUAAAGCACCUGAGUUUUAUCCAUCAGGAUACAACCAGAACUUCAAUCAGAACUUCACAGAUUCUUCCUUUGAAGAUAGAUAUGAUGGCUAUCUGACUUUGGCAGAAUAUGUACAAGACUUCCUAAAUCAGCUCACCGAGCAACCAGGUUGUUUUGAAACUGAAAUAGAGCAGUUUGCCGACACACUGAAUGGCUGGCUCACUGCAGAUGAAGCUUUACAAGAACUCGUUGAACUCAUCUAUCAGCAGGCCACAUCUGUCCCAAAUUUUUCCUACAUGGGAGCACGGUUGUGUAACUAUCUAUCUCACCGUCUAACCAUUAGUCCACAAAGUGGGAACUUCCGACAGUUGUUACUUCAAAGGUGUCGAACAGAGUAUGAAAACAGAGAUGAAGCUACCAAAGGAGAUGAGACUACUCGAAAACAAUUUCAUGCCUUCGUGCUGUUCUUAGCUGAACUUUACCUUAACCUAGAGAUUAGAGGAACAAAGGGACAGGUAAUGCGAGCGGAAAUUCUUCAAGAAGGCCUUCGGGAAUUAUUAAAUGCGCUUUUCUCUAGUCCUGUGGACAGUAAUUUGAUAUGUGCAGUGAAACUGCUGAAGUUGACAGGCUCAGUUUUAGAAGAUGCCUGGAAAGAAAAAGGAAAGAAUGACAUGGAGGAAAUGAUUCAGAGAAUUGAAAAUGUUGUGUUGGAUGCAAACUGUAGCAGAGAUGUGAAACACAUGCUUCUGAAACUAGUAGAACUGCGAUCAAGUAACUGGGGUAGAGUUCAUGGAACUUCUCCACAUACAGAAGCUACCCCUGAAAAUGACCCGAACUAUUUUAUGAAUGAGCCAACAUUUUACACUUCUGAUGGUGUUCCUUUCACUGCAGCAGAUCCAGAUUACCAAGAAAAAUACCAAGAGCUGCUUGAAAGAGAGGAUUUUUUCCCAGAUUAUGAAGAAAAUGGAACAGAUCUAUCAGGACCUGGAGAUCCGUAUUUUGAUGACAUUGAUGACGAGAUGGAUCCAGAAAUUGAAGAAGCAUAUGAAAAAUUCUGUCUAGAAUCAGAACAUAAGAGAAAACAGUGAGAUGUUACACUUUAAUGUUAGUUUAUUAAGCCAGUUUAGGUAUGGUUAGAAUACAGGGGAACACAAAACAUUUGUACCAAAAUAAGGAACUUGAGUUUCUCCAAGUACUAAAGUUAUACAAUUUCCAUUUUGUUUAACAGAAACUGCCAAAAAUUGUAAACUUAUGCCCUGUAACUUAAAAUGUUGUGUAUAUAUCAUAGUUUAUUUUAUGUACAGGUAUAUGAACAAUGUUUUGGCUGCAAUAAAAAUGAUAUAAAAAAUUAUCAUAAUUGAAAUUAAAAUUUAAUGGGGAACUAUCCCAUUAAAUUUCCCUUGAGGGAGAAAGGGGAAGAAUAACUUGAUCUAAAUUUAAUUGCUUGCUUGCUUGCUUGUUUUAGUAUAUAUUGGGGUUUACUCAUCCUUUUUACCAUAUACAAGA